CCGUCUUCCCUCACCCUUCGUCCUCUUCAUCGCCGCCACAUUCAAGCCACAUUCCGAGCCAAGACCUUUUCCCCUUUCCAGCCGUUUUGGAAGAGGCUCCUUCCGACUAUGACAACGUUCAGCGACGAGGCGCUUCUCUGUCCACCGGAGAAACAGGCAAAUUGGCUUCUCGCGAAGGCCGCCUAGUCCAGGCUACUACUCGCCAUGGUAACGACGUUCUCUGCGUCGGCGUAGAGUUGAACAGCUCAGAAGUUGGCCGUAUGGAUCGGUCGAACUCGAGUUCUGUCCAGCCUGGCGGUAGGGGCCCGGUCGCAUCUGCCGCCGGCCUGACUGAUGUGGCUCUCGCCGGAAGGCCGGCUGAUUCUACCGAAUUGGUCGCCCCUGGCACAAGUCCCUCGGGAUGUGGGUGUCCCCGACGUCUCGGGCAUCAGGCAGACGAGCCGACCGUUGGAAGACAGUCUGAGAGCCAAAAUGGCCGCUCGGCCAGACUGUGUUUUGGACGUCCUGCUGCGCGCCGAUUGGCCAAAAUGGUUGGUAGCCGAGAGACGACAGCCUCCGGGGGCGGGUCUUCAUUCAGUGGCUCGGGCAAGCCAAUGACCAAAGGCCUCUUGUUGAUGCCAUCGUCGUUAGGAUCAUCAAUGAUACCAGCGCCCGGAGAGGAGAGCGACGCUAUGAGCGGAUAUGUUGGCGACGCCGCCUCCUCUGUAUAUGGCACAGAGGACGAUGACUCAGAUCUCGCCGACGACUUCGAACUGGACCAAAUCCACCCAUCAACCGACUUGCUAGACCCUCCAAAUUCAACCAAAGAAUCGUCUGACGGAGGCAAAUCAACUCCCAGUAAGCUGCUGUCAUUUACCUCUUUCUAUUUACAGCACUUCGCAAGAAGGAUAUUUAAGUCCUCCUUUCUGUUAGAUCUUUAUUCUGCUAAACUACUGGCUAGACUGAAUGUAAUUUAUUUUUAG